AUGUUUGAUCAAGAUCAAGCCUUCUUUUAUUUACCUAAGGAGUCUGAAGUGUGCUGCGUCUGAAAUUGCAGAACAGGAAGCUUAAGGAAGGUACGAUUAAGUUGGAUGAGAUUUGUAUAAAAGGCUAAGAGAAAUUUACUAUACUCUGUCAAGAUACUUUAAGUCUUUCUCGCCACAACCUGCUUGCCAUGAAUAAAAUUCAAAAUUUUAUCCAUGGAAUUACUAGUCUGUAAACAACAAUUUUCUGAAACUUUCUGCCCAAGUUGUCAAUGUUGCGCGUGGUCUUCAACGAUAUUCUUAAAGCAGUCAUUUCUUUCUUCGUACCGCUUUAACACGCGUGUACAGAUAUUUUCCAAAUAUUUCUUGGUUGAGCCCUACUAUUUCUAGGUUGAUAAAGGAACAAAUCAGACUGUCACGCAUUGAAUAUGACUUCUUAGGUAAAUAAUCUAGAUGUAAUACUCUUUUUUAGCGGUGAAUUUCCGCCUUUUAGCUGGAAGGCUCUUUGUUUGGAAUAUGAAUCUGUAUUGGAUGCACAGUAUUGACUUUUCAUAUUUGGUAUUCGCCUAGGGAACUUAUCGGUUCGGCGGAUUCUGAUGAUGCAAAAUUAGGGAACCCUCCGGUGAGUGAAAUUAUAUUCUUUCUCUGUCUGCAAAUAAAGUUGUCCGAGUGAAUCGUUCCUUGGCGUUUAUAAGCUAUAUCCGUUGAAAUGGGUACAAAAGUUAAUCCUAUAGGUGAAAUCACGAAGUAACAAGUAACUUAUGUAUUAAGUAAUUAGUAGUCAGUGGUAGUCGGUUGGUAGUCAGUCGUAGUAAGUAACUCUGCUCCAAUUCGCAAAAUAUUUUUAGUUCUUCCUUUCGAUUUAGACUGAUCCUCUAGACGGAUCAAACGUUUUCAUUGGUAAUCACACCGUGAUCAUGCUCAGUGAUUAGACCGGUGAUCGCGAAUUAUGUGAUCAUCCCCGGUUUUACCGUUGCAGGCCUUCUCUGAGACUUGACUGAGAAAGUAAAAACACAAUCCUAUUUUACAGAGGUCCAAUCUAGAAGGCUUAACUGGUUACACAGUUUUGUGCUUAGAAAAUGUUCUAUACAUGACUAAUGCCACAAUCUAUACCUUAAAACUGAGAUUCGGAAUAUAAACUUUAAUUGGGUAAAACUCUUAGUACAGUUAAGUUGUCGGAGUCCAGCAUGUUGUUGCUUAAAAAAAAAAGAACCCCAUCAGUCAGCUGUAAAGUGAUUAUUCUUUUGUUUAUUUCAUACUAGUUUCAAUCCGAGGAGUAAAAGACGAACCAGACCCUAAGCAAAACGUUGUUUGAUAUUUGGAAGUACUCAGUUUAAAUCGUCUUUCUCUGGCUUUCUGAGGUAGUUCGAUUUUCUUUUGUUCCCUCAGAUUCUAUUUUAAAAGCCAGCAAUGUCAAACAAAAAGUUUAAAUUUGAUCGGCUCUUUUGAUCAGUUAGAAAAUUUUGCAUUUCGGCUGUGCAUUGUAUUGUUUGCUUGCUGUGAUUACGACAAAACUGUAAAUCAAAUUAUACCGAAAUGAGAAAUAAUUAAUUAAACAUUGAGACUUUCGGGAAGGACGUUUAACCCUUAAAUGGACUGAGUUCAAAAUAUUUUGACGGCAAGAGGGAGAUAACUAUUUUUGAUUAACAUGAAAACUAAAUAUGUCCUAAUUUAACCCAUUGAGGGUUGUCAACAGACAGCUGAUACUGAAUCAGCGGUUGGAAAAUAGAAGCUUUAGCGCUUUUCAAAGAAAAUUUCCGCUGGAUAUCUAACAGGACUCCAGAUUGACAGUUUCAUUUCUUCUGAGAAUAAUUUUAUCGCGCCAUGACAGGACUCCAGAUUGACAGUUUCAUUUCUUCUGAGAAUAAUUUUAUCGCGCUUUUGGUUAAAAAUUCGGCAGAAGUGCUUCAUGGAGGUUAAGUUGUCAUAGCUACCUCUGUCAUUUAACAUAUUAAGACUUGCAUGUGUGACAAAAGUUUGUUUAUAACUUUAAAUUUCUAUUUACAGAAGCAACACAAAAUUUUUAAAAGAAAAAACAUGAAUUUCAUCGGUAAACAACGACGACACAGUACAUUCGCUUAAUGGGUUUAUCAUGAUACCGAGCACUUUAAUGGGUUUUUUUAAGAGGAAAGAACGCUGUACAGGCUGGUUUAUCAUUUUGUUGUUAUGUUUCGCUUCCAAGGCUGAAGACGUUUUAUCAUUUCCUGCGGUGGACUCAAAAGUAAAGUAAUCAGUUCAUUCGAGCCAUCAGGAAUUUGAAUACGUACAAUAUAAAUAUCACCAAAAUAAUUUGCUGCAGUAUUCAGAGAGGCUGUCUUAGAAAAAGUGGAUAGCCUCGGGAAAGAAAAACAAGGCAAAAAAAGGUAUGUACGUAAAAGAGAAAUAGUAUCUAUUUCUUGGGCAUUGUGGCUCACUUUGCGGGUUAAGAUGGAGAUCCUGGCGAGCUAAAAUCUAUUUUAACCCGCUCGAAUAAUCUUUCAAGGUGUUUUGUUGUCAUUUCAGUUCAGUUUUUUUCUCGAUGCCCUCCAAAGUGAUAAUAAAAGUAAGAAAGGUUUAUUUGGGUCCUUGUCAGAGACAUUUUAACCCUUGCUUAGCAGCUCGGGUUGAAAUGAAUUUGUUGGGCCCAAAACAAAUUUAUGCCCGCGAACAUAAAUUAAAAUCCAUCGUUUAAUGAGAACUUGUCAGUUUUAUCGAGAGAUUUAAUAGGUACAAGACAUGUCAUAUUCGCUAUAUUUACGGGGAAAGGAUCUUAUUACUCAGUUGCAAGUUCUUAUCACAAAGAGGGUCCGCGGGAAUUGCAGUUCACGUCUUCCAGCAGCUAAUCCUCGUAUCAGCUUGGUUUCUUUGUUUCAUGCUGUCUGUCUACUCAUAACUUUAGACUUCUAGAAAUUUAGACAAGCAUCCUACGAAUGCUUCGUUGAAAAGCAUAUGCUGACAAACGCGUUUUUUUAUGGAGUUGAGACUUCAUGAUAAAUAAAAAAACAAAUUUGAUUUUUUUUUACAUUUUUAGCAGAAGUGAAUAUAGUCGCCCGAAUAACAUUUAUAUGCGCAUUUUCAUCUAUUGUUUUCAAAGAGAAAGCUUACGGUCAGAUUAGUUUCCUUUUCGAUUAAAUCAUGACUCUUUUUAAUUAAAUUGAAUUCCAGCUGGCUAUUAGCAAUAGAGCAACUCAGGUUAGCUUCAAAUUCAGUCGACAGGAGUGAUACAGCUAAUCCAAUAAAACCUCUUCUUUACGUGUCUAAACCAUUUAACUGGUCCACUUUUAAUUACGUUGUGCAGCAACCGAUGCUAAGCAAAAAAAAUUCUGUAUUAAAAUCUAUUCGUAUUGGCACACACACAAACUAACAAUCUUUGAUGGGGUCGCCAUUUGAUUUAGCUGAUAACGCCCGACUUAUCAACCAUGGCUAUGCUUUGCUCAGUGUUAAAAUUUUGCUUAACUUUGGAAACAUGGCAGUAAAAAGUGCCAUUAAUGCAACCAAUCCAUGUCUUUUCAUAACAAGGUUUUGUUAUUAAAAGGCGAAUGUCAUUUAUUCCUCUCCAUAUAAACAAAAAGGAAACUGUUUAGCAUCAGUAAACAAAAAGUGAGGGGUUUGUGCCGGAGAAGGAUCAGAAAGCUACAUAUUAAAUUUCUAAUUCUCCUUCAUGUCAAUCAUACAAUUCUUAUAAUGUUGGUUCAGAGAAUUUAGUGCUGGAUCAACUAAUUAUCCCCAAACUAAGGAAAGAGCAACAUAACUUCAAGUAUUUCCUCGAUUCAAACACUUGAAAAAAAUCAUCAGUUCGUUAAAAACCUUACUUCGCUUCAAUGUAAAUAUUGAUUCACGUAAAAAGCAAAGCAGUUGUCUCGUGUUAUCCCCCGAAAAACAUAGCAAGAGGUUCUCGUUCGCUCAAAAGUUAUUACCACAAUCGCGCGGAAAAGGAAAUUAAUCAUAAUUCCCGGCAGUUACAUUUUCGAUCGCGUUGGUUGUUCACCUAUAGACAAUAGUUUAACAGGCUGGCCUGACACAGUUUUAUCGACAGAUUUUGUAGGUACAAGACAUGUUAUAUUUACUAUAUUUACAGGGAAAGGAACUUCUAGGAACCCAAAGUAUUGUACAUGCAUGACAUGUUAUUAUUACUCCGUUGCGGGUUCUUAUCACAGAGAGGAUCGGCGGGAAUUGCGGUUCACGUCUUACAGCAGCUCAUCUUCAGAUCAGCUUGGUUUCUUUGUUUCAUGCUGUCUGACUACUCUUAACUUUAGACUACUAAAAACUUAGACAAGCAUCCUACGAAUGCUUCGUUGAAAAGCAUAUAAUGAAAACCGCGUUUUUUGUGGAGUUGAGACUUCAUGAUAAAUUAAAAAACAAAAAUUUCUAUUUUUUUAUUUCACCAGAAGUAAUUAUUGUCGCCCUACGAACAUUUAUAUGCGCAUUUUCAUCUAUUGUUUUCAACGAGAAAACUCAAGGUCAGAUUAGUUGCCAUCUCGAUUAAAUCACGACUCUUUUUAAUUAGAUUGAAUUCAACCUGGCUAUAGUAGCAAUAGAGCAACUCAGGUUAGCUUCAAAUUUAGUCGAAAAGAGUGAUACAGCUAUUCCAAACCUCUGCUUUACGUGUCUGAUCCAUUUAACUGGUCCACUUUUAAUUAAAUGUGCAGCAACCGAUGCUAAGCAAAAAAAUUCUUUAUUAAAAUCUAUUCGUAUUGGCACACAAAAACUAACAAUCUUUGAUGGGGUCGCCAUUUGAUUUAGCUGAUAACGCCCGACUUAUAAACCAAGGCUACGCUUUGCUCGGUGUUAAAAUUUUGCUUAACUGUGGGAAACAUGGUAGUAAAAAAUGCUAUUAAUGCAACCAAUCCAUGUCUUUUCAUAACAUAGUUUUGUUACUAAAAGGCGAAUAUCAUUUAUUUUUCUCCAUAUAAACAAAAAGGAAACUGUUUAGCAUUAGUAAACAAAAAGUGAGAGGUUUGUGCCUGAGAAGGAUCAGAAAGCUACAUAUCAAAAUUGUAAAUCUCCUUAGAGUCAACCAUACAAUUCUUAUGAUGCUAGUUCAGCGAGUUUAGUAUUGGAUCAGCUAAUUAUCCCCAAAUCAAGGAAAGAGCAGUAUACUUACAAGUAUUCCCUUCGUUCAGACACUUAACGAAAUCAUCAGUUCGUUUAAAACCUUAUCUCGCUUCAAUGUAAAUAUUGAUUUACUUAAAAACCAAAGCAGCCGUCUCGUGUUAUUCCCCGAAAAACGUCGGAAGAGUUUCUCGUUCGCUCGAAAGUUAUUACCGCAAUCGCGCGGAAAAGGAAAUAAUUAAUAAUUCCCGGCAGAUAUAUUUUCGAUAGCGUUAUUCGUAUAUCUAUAGACAAUAGUUAAACAGGCUGGCCUUAAACAGUUUUAUCGACAGAUUUUGUAGGUACAAGACAUGUUAUAUUUGCUAUAUUUACAGCUAGGGACUCAAAGUUUUGUACAUGUACUAUAUGUAAUUAUUACUCAGUUGCGGGUUCUUAUCACAAAGAGGUUCGGCGGGAAUUGCAGUUCACGUCUUACAGCAGCUAAUUUUCAGAUCAGCUUGGUUUCUCUGUUUGAUGCUGUCUGUCUACUAUUAACUUUAGACUACUUAAAAUUUAGACGAGCAUCUUACGAAUGCUUUGUUGAAAAGCAUAUACUGAAAACCGCGUUUUUUGUGGAGUCGAGCCUUCAUAAAAAAUUAAAAAACAAAAAUUUCUAUUUUUUUUUAUUUCAUCAGAAGUAAAUAUAGUCUCCCUAUGAACAUUUAUAUGCGCAUUUUCAUCUAUUGUUUUCAAAAAGAAACUCACGGUCAGAUUAGUUGCAUUCUCGAUUAAAUAAUGACUCUUUUUAAUUAAAUUGAAUUCAACCUGGCUAUUAGCAAUAGAGCAACUCCAAUUAGCUUCAAAUUCAGUCGAUAUGAGCGAUACAGUUAUUCCAAACCUCUACUUUACGUAUCUGAUCCAUUUAACUGGUCCACUUUUAAUUCAGUUGUGCAGCAACCGAUGCUAAGCAAAAAAAGGUUUGUAUUAAAAUCUAUUCGUAUUGGCACACACAAACUAACAAUCUUCAAUGAGGUCGCCAUUUGAUUUAGUUGAUAACGCCCGACCUAUAAACUAAUACCCCAUUCACACCAGCAAAACAUGUUUUGUUAAACUGGUUUUCAUUGAAUGAAAAUUAUAAACAGAGAACUGAAAAACUUGAUUUUCCAUUGGAUUCAAGUACUUGCUAACUUGCAUUUCCAAUGUGCUACAUUCAAGUCAAAAAUAUUCGGUUAAAUAGUUUCUAUGAAGAAAAAAAAAUUAAACUGUGUUUAACAAAACAACUUUUAAACAUGUUUAAGCUUUGGUGUGAAUGGGGCAUAAGGCUAUGCUUCGCUCAGGGUUAAAUUGAAAAUUUGCUUAACUUUUGGAAACAUGGCAGUAAAAAAUGCCAUUAUGCAACCAAUCCAUGUCUUUUCAUGACAAAGUUUUGUUACUAAAGGCGAAUAUCAUUUAUUUCUCUCCAUAUUAACAAAAAGGAAACUGUUUAGCAUCAGUAAACAAUAAAAGUACUCUGUGAGUAAACUCGUGAAUUGACAGAUGACUUACAUGAUUUUUGGAUUAUGUUUCAUGUUAUCUGCUUUUAGGGAAUUUUGUGGUUGAUUUGUCAUAUUUAGAGUACGAGCAGUAGUUCAGUGUUCGCUAAUGUAGCAAAGAAACAAAGUAACGUUGGGAUAAGAAGGCAUUACAAUUGAAAUGAUCAUUUGACAAGGGUGGAUGAUGUCAUGUGUUUUAAACAUAUAUCACUUUUGUUUCUGGUUCAAAAGAAAAGGUUGGAAGUAAAUGUAGAUGAAAAGUGAAAUUUACUGUCUAUCACUGUAAAUAUUGGAAAAUCAAGGCAACACUGUCUUAAUGAAAACAUUAAUGAUUCCCUCUUUAUCAAAUGAGACAAACGGGAACGAGUUUUGAGCGAUAUAACGAAGCCCAGAUUGCAACCGUCAUUUUGGAUUUCCGCCUGGGUAGAUUUUGGUCAAGGCAACGUGUAAUCAAGACCAAGAUAGAAUUUCAUUUCAGGCCUAUUUAUUAAUUUUGUAGUGUAUAACUUUCGCAUUUUAGUACGUAAUAUUUAUUUUGAAACUUAAAAUUGUCUUGAACCUUAAAAGAAAAUUGUUCUUUGAAAAUUCACUGAAAAUCGGCAGCCAAAAUUAUUUGUUUAAGUGUUAUUUGACUUUCGUGUUAACCUGUAAUUUCGUUAGUCGCCGGCACCUUUUGUUGCUUCACACUGAAAAAACACACGAUACGAAAUGCAAUGAUCGCUUUUGUCCCCAAUCUCACGCCAUAACAGUAAAAGCUUUUGAACACCUGUUAACUCCGAGCGCUUCGGAGUAAGUGAAAUUUUUAAUGAAUCUUCGGAUUGGAUUGUUUUCAAGUUCAAGGAUUGUAAAUUACAAUCUUAUGAAAAACGACGGUUGUUCUCUUAUUUCAGUGAAUCCUUGAACGCCUGCCAGUCGUUGGCGCCGCUUGUUGAAACUAAAACGAAAAAAAAUAAACUCUUUUAAGACUAUCAUUGGCUUCUUUUUCACCCCACCACUAUUCUUAGCAGCAAAAGUCGCCAUUUCGUUUGUUUAUUACUCGCCAAAAACUAUCAAAUGCACUCAAAAGCCUAAAAUCGAAAAAAGUUUUACAGGAAUCGACCAAUCGAGCGAGCGAGCGAGUGCCAUUCUCCACAUCAUAUCUACAACUCGCUCUUGAGUAUGCGCGCAAUUCACGAGUUAAAAAAAUGAGAGGUUUGUGCCGGAGAAGGAUCAGAAAGCUACAUAUUAAAUUUGUAAUUCUCCUUACUGUCAACCAUACAAUUCUUAUAAUGUUGGUUCAGAGAAUUUAGUACUGAGUCAACUAAUUAUCCCCAAACUAAGGAAAGAGCAACAUACUUACAAAUAUUUCUUCAGUUCAGACACUUGACGAAAUCAUCAGUUCGUUAAGAACUUCACUUCGCUUUAAUGUAAAUAUUGGUUCACUUAAAAACCAAAGCAGUUGUCUCGUGUUAUCCCCCGAAAAACGUAGUAAGAAUUUCUCGUCGGCUCAAAAGUUAUUACCGCAAUCGCGCGGAAAAGGAAAUAAGUCAUAAUUCCCGGCAGUUAUAUCUUCGAUAGCGUUAUUCGUUUAUCUAUGGACAAUAGUUACAAUAGUUAAACAGGCUGGCCCGACCCACUUCAGCUUAAAGCUGUCUCGCCUGAGGACCUGUUUUGGCUCUGUUCUGAAAAAUUACCAAUAUCUUUGAUCAAGCUCGAUGAUGCUAUGGUUAAUCUUCUACCAAAGUCUGGGGAUACUUUUGCAAAAUGAUUGCUUAAAUCACACAUCCCCUUUCAGUUGAUUUGAAUCUUUUUGACAUUACCAGUAAACCGUUAACAUAGUCAGGAGGGGAAACCGCUUACCAAGCUUUUAUUUGCACGCGGGUAUAAAGAAUGAAUUAUAGUAGUUUUGCUCGGGUUUUUUGAAGGUGUGACAAGGAAUUUUGACCACGAUUAUAAAUACGGAGAGAGAUCCAUAAAACUCUAUUAAGCUUUUAGAAUUACUCUAACUCUGGUUUCUACAUUUAGUCAAGACAAGAGGAGUUAUGAGUUUCAUGAUAAGCCAUCGCUAAUAUCGAUCACGAAGUGUCAGGAUUAAAUCCUUAAAUGGAGAGAAAACCUAUAGUCCGUUAUAAGAUUGAUUUUAAAUAAACUAUUUGAGAUAUUAUUAAUAUGAUGAAAAUAAUAUAGCAUCUUAUUAUUUCACAAUGCAAAUCGCUCAAUCUUCUCAUUUUCCACCAUUGCUGGAAAAUCUCAAGGAUAUUAUCAACAAAUUUUGCAUUUGAAUUCAAUUUUACCUUUUCAAAACCAUUAAAAAGUACUUCGAAUUCGAGCGCUGAAAACAUCUGAUUUAUAAACUAAUUGAAACGCCAAAAUAACCAUAAAUUUUUUCAAUCUCCGCAAAACAAGACGACUCACCAAUCAAAUAGAGUUUAAAUCCUCCUUCACGCCCACGGCUACAUGUUUCCUCGACAAGGAUCAUGGAUCACGGAAAAAUAAUUAAACUUAAACAUCACGUUUCACAGAAAAUUAAAAUAUUCUUUGACGUUUCGCGCAAAUGGAAUAAUGCUGGCGGAACUCACAUACGCAUAAAGUGCAUGUUAACUUUUACAGUACGUGAGCAAAUACAUGAUUUUGAAGUUGAUCUGUCAUCUUCAUGUAACGAAUGAUUUUAACCCAGUUAUGAAUUUCUCUUUUCUCGGCAGGUAUUCUACUCAAACCACUAUGGCGAACACAACUGUUUGUGGGAAUCUGGAAGACCAACCUUUUCCGAUAAAACUGGUCAAGAUUCUGUGUUACAGUUUGAUACUUAUUACUUCGCUACUUGGAAAUACCGCCAUUAUCGCCAUAACUGCACGAAACUCCCGCACAUUGACUUCAAUAAACUACCUCAUUGCAAACAUGGCAGCAUCAGACUUGCUGGUCUCAAUCUUCGCUGUUCCAAAUCAACUGUGCCAAGUCAUAUUUGGUGAACGAACUUGGCUAAUCGAUGGGAUCAUGGGCUCAAUUUUAUGCAAGCUUGUGUUUUUCUGCCAAGAUAUCUCAACAGCUGUUUCAAUUCAAAGCUUAGUUGUUAUUUCUAUGGAAAGAUAUAGGGCGAUAGUAUAUCCGUUUCGCCCCGCAGUCAUUACACCAAAGAGAUGUAAAUUCAUCAUUCCACUUAUAUGGCUUGCAUCUGUAUCCCUACACGGAAUAUAUUUCUACGCCGCUCGCCUCGAGUCUAUUAACAAUACAACAACCUGCGACUUCCGCUGGGACCCACAAUUUGACAAUCGUCAAACGAUGGAGCGAUUUGUGGCAGUGGUUUUGGUUUUAAAUGUGUUCCUACCUUUUUGCUUCACAAUUUUUACUUACUCACGAAUUCUUUGGGUUCUGAGAAAUUCAGAGGUUUCCCAGCAUCGCGCCGAAAACAGCAGAGUUUUUAAGAACGUAUGUGCUAUUAUGAUCGCAUUUGCAUGUUGUGUCCUCCCAAUUGACAUUUUUGCUAUUUUGUUUUACUUCGUGUGGAAAUGGAAACCUCCUUGUAAUAUGAUUCAGUUUGGUGUGUUCUCAAGGUUCGCUUUAAUUUCAAACUCUGCCAUAUCCCCCAUCAUUUCAUUGGUGCGUUUUGACAGAUAUCGCCAAGGUUUAAAGGACAUGUUAAAGACAGUAUCAAAACAUUUUUGGGGAAAAGACGGCGUCGGAAACAUUUCAAACCUGGAUGAUUUAGAAUUAAAAAAAGCUUCAAUCCACCGCGGAAACGAGCGAAUAAGUGUAAGAGAUUCGGGGAUUACAAGCUUUUCAUCAGUUUGA